AUGGGGACAAACAGCGGAGGAUUUUACAUCCCGGAGAUCCAUGUUCACCCUCCCUCCCCUGAGCUAGCUCCCUGUACCCGGGGGCCGGAGCCUCACGUGCGGAAGGAUGAUGCAGGCUACGACGCCGUGGGCUGUCCCGGUAAAAACGGCUCACGGCAAGACAGCGGGCUGCUCACCGUCCCCAACAGAGCCGACCAUUUCUUAUACACGUCCCCGGGAAGGGCGCCAAAAUGUAGCGGGAAAUGCAAGCUAUCAGAAGACGGGAAACUCGCCCCGAAUAAGACCUUAUACUGGCGGGGCUCUCCCGAAGUCAGGCGGGCGCAGCCGCGACCGCGCCGGAGGGAGGACAGCCCGUACAUUGACCCCAUCGACGCCCUGCGGAGCAAUCCUUCCCACGACUUAGCCGAGGAGGCCCGCUACACCGAGCCGUAUAACUCCCGCAAAAACUCCGCAUACCAAUGGAAGAAGAUCGCAAGGCGCGAUCCUGGACCGAAAGGGACCUCUACGUACGAAAACGUUGGGAGAGAAGGCGGUGGUUCGAGGGGCUCACUGGUGCAACAGUGCGCGUGUCAGUGUAGCAGGAACAUCGCAACGCCGCCGGCUACUGGUGAGGGUCAUGGGACUAGGCAGGAACCGGGUACAAGUUCCACUAACACCAGAGAACCAGAAGCCGAAAAUCACGACUACCAUGACGUCAAACCAACCGACCCCACCGUUUGCGAGCCUUAUAUGGUAACCAACAUGACCACAAUAACUCAACAAUGGCAGCCAUCUUGGAACGACAUCAAGUCGUCUGUCGGUAGCCAUGGCAACGGCCCUGAGGAAAACAACCAGUACGAGGUGAUUCCGGACCACGCUGGGCCCGAGGUUGUUUUAGAGAACAGAAUCAACAUGGCGGCCGCGGAGGGCGAUGCCAUUCAGGCGGAAAAUAGGGGACAUUUCUUCUUCCUCUUUCUGUUCCUGUUGCUGUUUGUAGCAGGGAUCGUCUGCCUUAUUCUGCGAUUCUCGACUUCAACGUUUCAGCAUGCGCAAGUCAGUACCGGAAAUAUGCCUGGAGGAAUUCAGCUGAUACCAUAA